GAGAGAGGCGGAGUCGGUGCUGUCCCGGCUGUUCGCAUUCCCCGGUUCCCGCUCUGCCAGGUUCUGCGCGGGAAGGGCGUGAUUCUUGCCUGUGGAAACCUGGGGAUAGGGUUAUUUCUGAUGCCCGCCCUCCUAGAGGUGGGAAGUGGGGUCGUCAGUGAUCGCCGCCGCCUUCGCCAGGCCGCCUGCCGCGCGAGGCUGAGAAUGAAUGUUUACUUCCCGGGCUGCGUCACUUUCCCUUGUCAGGGCCCCCACCUGUCGGAAGAGGGGUCCCUCCGAUUACCGCCGAGACCCGUUCUGGUGCUGGCGACCUGGCCCCCCUGCGGAGAUCCUGGCCGCAGCGAUGUUUCACUUCUUCAGGAAGCCUGUGGAACCGAAAAAGCCCUCGGCGUCAGACACGGAAGCAGAUGGGUUUGUCCUUUUAGGAGAGACAGAAAAUGAGCAGAGAUUGGCAGCAAGAGGUAAAACUUCAGAAGUAGAAGGCAACGAACCGACUGGCACAGAAAACGCAUCCAUUGUGACUGUGGCAGGCCCCGGGGCGGAAACCAAGGCAGGCCAGCCUCUGGAAAGCAGCUCGUUCAUGGCCGAGCUUCUGAGCGACGUGCCCUUCACGUUGGCCCCGCACGUGCUGGCCGUGCAGGGCACCAUCAGUGACCUUCCAGACCACCUGCUCACCUGUGACAUCGGCGAAAACUUAUCACGGUUUUGGUAUGAUUUUACUCUUGAAAAUUCAGUGCUCUGUGAUUCAUAGUUUUUAUAUUUGUACCUUAACAGCUUUAAAAAAAAGUUUGCCAUUGUAUUUAACGUGUUUGAUGUUCUUUGCCAUUUCACUGUCUAAAUGCCCUCAGAAAAGCAAGGAUCAUAAAGUAUGUUCAUUGCUCUGUUUUUCAGAAUAAAGUACAUUUGUAUAAAAACUGAGCUUAAGUUCUACUUCCUUUCUGCCAAAUAAUAAAUAUAAAAAUUAGGUAAUCAGAGUUUUAUGAAAGGAGUAGAUUCCUUCAACCAGGCUCUCAAAAUAUAACACCUCAAGUUGAUCUUAGCAGAACUGUGAAAAAGAGCGAUGGCAUUUUCCUUGGUUACCACAAGUCUGAAGUCUGCCCUGAGAGGGAGUGUGAAUGCUCUUCUCUGGUUUAGGGGAAGCUUGAGUUCAUAUUCUCUUUCUUCUUCCAGUGUCUAUGAAUAAGUUCAGGGGACAAAAAAAAAUUGUGCCAGUUAGCUUAAUUUCUUCAUUCUUGAUAUAGACACCGAUGUGGAAAUGGAAAACUUUUCCUAAAAAGCAGGGGGAUUUUGCUGAUACAAGAAUGCUCUGGCCGCUGUUUCUCUGAGUGAUGCAUUCAGUUUCCUUACACCCAUGGCAGUCCUUUGCACCUUGAGUGCGUUCCUGCCUUUGUUUUUGCCUGGAUGCUUCUACCGAGUGUGCUCCCUCAUCAGCUUCCCCAAGAACUCUCUCUGCUUCUGCCUCAGAGGGCAUCGAUGCUCCUGACCACACAGGGUCGCAGUUCAGGAAGAGAUCCACAUUUCCUUUCAACCUCUCUGCCUCCCAACGAAAAACAUCUCAUAAUGAUACAUUAUCGCUAACACCCUUAGUUAGAAAUUUAUUGGCCAUAAUACAAAUGGAAAUGCUUUACUGCUAGAAAAACUGAAGUCAACUCAUUUCUAAUUAGAGUAUAGGC